AAUAAUAUUAAUAUGAUGCUUUUCCUUGAGUGCUUUUUCAAAAUGCACUUUCCUGAACAAUUUAAGUAGGGUUACUUUUGGGAGUCUUAUUUUUCAUCGGUGGUGGCCGCUACGUAGGCUAGCUGCUGUUGGUUUGCUUGGCAUGCUGGCACCUGUGUAGGCUCACAUAACGGAGAGACUACGUGUCUGUGCUCAGGGGGGGAGCAAUGAAAGCUAGGACUUGCUUUGUGUAGACUGAAAGACAAGGCGAAAACCGAGCCAUUAGACCCAUCCAGACUUCGUGUAAUGAGGGAAACGACAACAAAAGUUAUGGCUGGACCCAGGCCCGUGGUGUGUAGUGGCCCAUCAGGGGUGGGAAAGAGCACUCUGCUGAAGAAGCUCAUGAAGGAAUAUGAAGGUGUCUUUGGCUUCAGCAUCUCACAUACGACAAGAAAACCCCGACCUGGAGAACAGAACGGCAUAGAUUACCAUUAUGUUACGCGGGAUGUGAUGCAGGCAGGCAUUGACAAUGGCGAUUUUAUUGAGAGUGCAGAGUUUUCCGGGAACCUGUAUGGGACGAGUAAAGCAGCUGUCCAAGAGGUCCAAUCCAAGAACCUCAUCUGUUUAUUAGACAUUGAUAUGCAGGGUGUGAAGAACAUCAAAAAGACAGACCUCAAUCCAAUGUUCAUUUCCAUCCAGCCGCCAUCCAUGGAAAUCCUGGAAAAGCGUCUAAGAGGCAGAAAAACAGAGUCGGAGGAGAGCCUCCAAAAGCGUUUACAGACAGCCAAAAUAGAGAUGGAGUUUAGCAAAGAACCUGGUGCGUUUGAUGUUAUAAUCAUCAAUGAUAAUUUGGACGAUGCUUAUGCGAAGUUGAAAGACGCUCUUAAGGAGGAAAUUGAUAAGGUCAAGAAAGUGUCCUCAUAGGAGACAGCAGCAUCGUGGUCCUCGUUCAGCCACUCCUCACAACACCACCUCACAAUUCCACUCUUGUACAUUCCCUCAGAUGGUGGUCUGUGAAACUAGGACAAUUUCCUUCAGCAGAUAUACAAACAGCUUUUGUUUAGAAGUAGAUACUAAUAAAUAACUUGGUGUAAAGUGGAACAUUUUUAUUUAAUUUUUUUUUUUUUAUACAGACAAAGUGCUUUCCACAUUUUUAUUUUUACACUGAAGAGAAGACACCCCGAGAACUCUUACUUGAAGUACAACUGGCAUGAUAAGCAGGAACAAUUUAAUGCACACAGAAAAUACUUUGUGCAACCGUAUUCUUUUGCAGAAGUACAAUUCAUUCCAUCAUCUGGACAGACUGGUUUUUCAAGGAUUAGUUUGUUUGGAGGGGGGUUGUUUGGGGUUUUCUUUUCUUUCCAUGUUUUGCAACCAGCUACACUGUGUUGAUGUUUGAUGUCUUAGAUGCAGUGAAAUGUACAGGUGAUGGUCAGAGUGAGAGAUUAAAACCAGCACUCGGCCCCUCAAAAUUUGGUAGGUAGGUAGGUUUGGGCAGUAUCUUAGUAUCGUGUGGUACCAGGCUAUUUUAGACAGAGUACUUUCUGUACUGUUAAAAAUACAGACACUCCUUUGUGUUAUGCUUAUGUGAUGUAUUUAGGUCAUAUUGUAGCGCACAGCACUCGUCAGAGGGCAGUUGCUUCUGAUUAACAGCUGAGCUGAGCAAGCUGUGAAACAUGGCUGUUGCAAAUGUUGGGGUGGAUUUUGAGUUUAGUCUCAUCUCCCUAAAGAUAAACAGUUUGCUUUGAGAAAUUUGCGCCUAAAGAUUGUAAUAGUUCAAAGUGAGCACCACCUGCCUGUAUUGAAUAGUGUUUUGCUACGCUCUGGUUGUGUAGUUAUGCCGUUUAUUCUGACACAACUGUUCAGUGUCUAGAUCAAAAUAAUCAGGGAAGCUGAUUUUAUUUUUAAUUUGGCAGAUAGCCGCUUAACCUAACAGUGAAACAGUGUUGUGUUCUGAUAAUGUUAAUGAGUUUCAUAAACGAAUAUUUCUGGUGCCAGCUAGCGAGGGUUGGAGAGAUUAAGCAUUCAGUCAGAUAAUCUCUCACCCUCCUACCUGAAGUGUCAUCUGUCAUCAUCAGCUUUUAGUUUAUUUACACAAAUGUAAUCGUAUACCUGGUGAAAUGUGAGGAAGGUAAGAAAGACUCGGUAUCGCCCAAGCCUAUCAGGAAAACGUGGUGACUCUUUAUAUUUAGGGGAUACAUACAAGUCAGCUAUACCUUUGAAACAGUAACAUUAUUCCAGUGUUGAUAAACGCUUUCCAUUUUUAUUUUAUUUUACUUUUUUUUUCAUUAUUUUAUAUAACUUGCCAGGUAAUGUCCUGGUUCCUUACACUCUUUGUUUGCUGGAAAACCAUACUGCUGUGCUCAUGUAGAAUUGAAUCCCAUCACAGAGGUACAAACAGUACUACAUUGUAUUCUUUUGUAACACGUGUUUAUUUAAUGUUGUACAUUUGUGAAAACUUUAUAUUGUGUAAGUUUCAGUUUUCAGCUUUAGCUGUACAGUAAAAUGACAGCGAAUUUUUUGCUUUUUUAUUGCUUAGAAUUAAGAAAACAGUAAAUAUUUUUAAAAUUUCCAUUUUAGAUUGGAUAGUCAAUUAUGCCUAAAUCGGUAUAUUCCUGUACCUUGUAACAUUCAUUCCUUUGCACAGAGAGCUUUAUGUUCCUGAUGCUACCAUUUAAAUUCAAGUUUUGCAAAUGUUACAUCAUGCUGAACAAAUACACAAAGGCCUCUUUAAAACCAAACUAGCUGUUAUAGAAAUGUUCAUGUUGUAAACAUGUACUCAGUUCAUGUCCAGCACUAUGACUUUUAUGUUGAAACAUCAGUAAAUAUGUUACCAUACAACAAUGCAGAAUUUGUGCUACAUAAAGAAAUUACUACAGAAGCUAA